AACUUCAAAUAACAUGCCUGAUUUUUCACUAUCAUCUUUGCGCAACGAGAACAUCAAUUUGGCGGUUGUCGCAGCCGCUGCCACAGCUGCUGUUGCUGCCACAUUGACUGCAACUGCCUUUUAUUCAUUCUCUGAAACAAAGGAUCCCAACCUAAAGAACUUGAAAGAAAUACCAGAGCCAAAGGAAAAAUACCCUUUUAUUGGCCAUUUGAUAUCAUUGGGAAAUCGGCCAGGAAAACAAGUUACUAAAUGGCACAACGAGCUUGGUCCUAUAUUUAAGCUUAGAAUGGGUGCACAAACAUGGAUUAUGGUCAGUGAUCCUUAUCUUGCUCACGAGCUAUUUUUUACUCGCGGAAGUCUCGCGUCCUCACGUCCUGCACAUGGAUACCUCAGAGACAUAUACUCUGCUGGAGGAUGCGGCCUUACCUUUACAGUAACCUCAAAGAAGUGGCAUAGAUCUAGAUCAGCAGCCAUGGCUCUGUUGGCCCCAAAGUCUGUGGAUCCUCUUGGUCAAGAUAUGAUCGAAGAGGCUGACAAGUUGACAAAGUCGCUCCUGGAAGACACUGCAAAGCAUGGAUCCGUGUCUCCGUCAGAUGGGCUUUAUUUGGUUUCCUACAAUGUUAUCAUGACUGUCUGCUUUGGAUUGCGGACUGAGUCAUCCGAUGAUCCAGAUUUCAGAUCCAUGGUUCACUACAUUCACCAGCACGAAAUAUACGGCGGUGUCUCUGGAGAUGUAGGGUCUUUCUUGCCCAUCUUGUCACUGGCGGCUUAUAUCUCUGGAACCAAAAAGAAACAAAUCGAUUUUGUAAAAAAAAACAGAGACGAAGUGUUUUCAAAACUGAUGGAAAAAGGAAUCAAUGGUGACAAGGAUUGCUUUGUGAAGUCACUUCACGAAGAUAAGGCCAAGUAUGGAUUAGAACAUCAAGAUAUCCUGGUACUCUUGAGUGAUAUUAUUGUUGCAGGUACAGAUACAACGGCUCUGACAACAACAUGGCUAUUGGCAAUUAUAGCCAACCGCCCAGACAUUCAAAGAAAAAUUCAGGCAGAGAUUGAUGACUUUGUUGCAAAGAAUGGACGGCUGCCAAUGUACUCUGAUCGAGAAAGCUUCCCAUACCUUGCCGCAACUCAAAAGGAAGGCUUGAGACUCCGCCCGAUCACUGAAUUCGGUGUUCCACAUGAAGCCAGUGAAGAUAUUGACUUGCGCGGAUACCAUGUUCCCAAAAAUUCCAUACUUAUCGGAAGCAUGGACGCAAUGCACACAAACCCAUUACGGUAUGCCCGACCUGAAGAGUUUAUUCCUGAACGCUUCUUGAGCUAUCCUGAGAGUAUGGCAACUUUGGCAAGUGGAUCUAUUAAGAAACGCGACCAGUACAACUUUGGCUGGGGGAGACGGUUGUGUCCUGGAAUUUACAUGGCAAGUUCUUAUGUAGCCGAGACAGAGAUGUUUUAUAAUAUGACAAGAAUAUUUCACAGAUGCAACAUGGAGCCUCCUCUUGAUGUAGAUGGAAAACCAAUUAUAGUGGACAUUGAUGCAUUUAUUGACCACGGUAUUACUUCCUCACCAGUACCAUACAAGAUGCGUUUUGUUCCUCGAAGUGAAGCCUUAUUCUAAUAGCAUUCGGCACAGAUAUAUUGAAUUAAUAAUGCCCUCAAGGUUGUAGGAUAUACUUUUAUAUCAUUAUACCUAUAUACAUAUCCAUAUAUAUAAAUAAAUACAUGCAUACAUAUAUACAU